UAUAUAGCUUAUUUAACCUCCGCCUCUGAUUUGAUUUAUCUACAUUCCGGAAAUACACUCAAACCGAUGGAAGAAUCAUCGAAACGACCCGGCCCGAUCCACAAACGGCGGGAAUCUCCGGCAACUAUAUUCUCAUUCCCGAGACUCCUUCUCUGGUUCGAUCAGUCGAGCCGCCUUAAAACUCUGAUCUCUUGGUCCCUCUUCUUCCUCCUCGCCGUCAUCGUUCCAAUGAUCUCACACUUCGUGCUAAUCUGCUCCGAUUGCGAUUUCAAACUACAUCGUCCCUAUGACGCAUUGGUGCAGCUCUCUCUAUCGAUCUUCGCCGGAAUCUCGUUCGUCAGCCUCUCGGCUUGGUCUAAGAGAUACGGCAUCCGAAAGUUCUUAUUCCUCCAUAAACUCAAAGACGUCAGCGAUAAAGUUAGAGUCGGGUACGAAGCAGAAAUCCAGAGAUCAAUGAAACCACUGGCUAUCUUCGUCCUCCCAUCACUUGCACUUCAAGCAACCUACCGUGUCUGGUGGUACGCUUCAGGCUCAGACCAGAUACCUUACUUUAUCAACCCAACGCUGAGCCACGUGUUAGCAUGCACGCUCCAGCUCUCUUCUUGGCUCUACCGUACAUCGCUCUUCAUCAUCGCUUGUCUCGUCUACCAAGUCGUCUGCCACCUCCAGAUCCUUCGUCUCGAUGAAUUCGCUCGCUGCUUCUCCUCCGAGAUUACUGACUUUAGUGCCACGCUCGCUGAGCAUUUGAAGAUCCACCGUGAACUGAAGAUUGUUAGUCACCGUUUCAGACGGUUCUUAGUACUGUCGUUGUUUUUCGUCACUGCCACUCAGUUCAUGGCGUUGCUUACCACCAUAAGAGCCAGUGUUCCCUUUCAUAUAUACGAAGUUGGCGAACUCGCGUUAUGCUCCAUAAGUUUGGUGUCGGGGCUUUUCAUAUGCUUGAAAAGCGCAACACAGAUGACUCACAAAGCUCAAUCCGUAACCAGCAUCGCCACUAAAUGGAACGUUUGCGCCUCUCUAGACACGUUUGAUGAUCUUGACAGUGGAGAUACUCCUAAAUAUCCAACAUCCAGACAACAUUUCCAGAUUUUGUCGCGCCGUCGUGAUGUUACUCGAUCAUCUGAUGAUGAUGAGGAUGGAGAAGUAGAUAGUGAUCUUGACAAUACCACGAUACAUCCAAUCUAUGCCCGCGCCAUUUCUUUCCAGAAACGUCAAGCUCUAGUGACAUAUCUAGAGAACAACAAAGCCGGGAUCACGGUUUACGGAUUCUUGGUGGAUAAAACAUGGCUUCGGAUGAUCUUUAGCAUUGAGCUUGCUCUUCUUCUAUGGCUUCUCAAAAAGACAAUCGUGAACAUAACAUGAAAACAAAACCCGUGUCUUUGUUUCUCUCACAACGCACGACAUAAUUAGUGUCAGAGAUGAUUUUUCCACAAUGGCGAGUAUCACAGUAUUAUUUUGUAGAUCGUCUGUUGGUGGAAAUUUUAUGUAUGUUUAUCAUUGUUUGAUCUUCUGUGAGUUAUAUAUGUGUUUGCAUCCAGCUCAGGUGUUGUUAAAAAAAAAAAAAAAAAAAAUGUUGUGUAAAACUGAUAUUCUUUUUAUAUGUUUGGUCAUAUAAUGAUGAAUUUUUGGGUGAA